UUUUAAUAUUUCAACCAUGAUAUAUCAUUCAUUUAAAAGAAAUAUAUUACCCAUUGUGAAAUGCGUUUUUGAUUUACACCUUGAGGCUCGCCGUCCAUCUUAAGGAACACGAUCGUCCAGUAUUGUGACUUGCAGAAUGAACUCUGCAAAGCUUGUGAUGAUGUACGUGAUGAUUGCUUCACCGUGCAAAUGCAGAAGAAUUGCACCGACUUUUGCCACGCGAUGAGGAUAUGAUCUAUUUUUUAGAUUUAAAGGCAAACAAGAAAAUGAAAGAACUAAGAGGCAAGCGGCUUUAUUUAUGGAAUAUUAUAUUAAACUUUAAAUCACAUGUUGGGAACUCUUGCCAUCAUUAUGGUGGGUUUAUAAUGCAACCGGACCUGCAUGACCGGGAACAAAAGCUCAGAUGAAAUGUGAAAACUCGAAUGACAGCGUUAGUGGGACUGCUUUAAUAUGCUCACAAAACGGAACUCGGGUGCCGGAAUACAUGUCGAGAAGCAAUUAACCUACCAAUGACCAAAACACUUAUAUGUUCCUUUGCGAACAAAAAGGAGAUAGGAACAAAGAAGUAUUGUUAUGGUUGGUAAUAGCUCUUUGUAUACUCAUCUUUAUACUAGUUGUUGCUGUGUGUAACAGGAUUUUAAAAUUGAGAUGGCAACGAAAGUUCAAAACUAAGUCAUCGGACUCCUUGGACGAAGGCAAUAAAGAUGAACAAGAGCCAUUUGUGGAUGUUGAAAACCCAAGAACAGGCCAUAACACUAACGAACAACAGGAAUCAAGCAGUAUUCAAUUUGUGCAUUACAACGAAAACGGUAGUGUCGGAGGUGAAAUGUGUCAGUUAAUCAAAAAUGUCACUGUAAAUUAUUCUCAAACAAUUAACCAAGAAAUCCACACACACGUUCACCAGAGCCACCCUGCUGAUGGCGUCGAUGAUUUUUGGUCGAUAAUUCUUAAGGGGGAGACUAUUGGGAUGGAGGGCAACCAUUAACACCUGAAGAUCCAUUCCCUACCCAAGAAAGCAAUGAUCAAGAAAAUGACGAAAUACAGCCUAAAGGUCAACAAUCAACAAAUGCUCAAGCUUACAACAGUAAAUAUUCCUAAGAAUUCCAGAGGACCAGUAUACUUCACAUAAAUUAUCCACUAAAUUUACCAAGGCCAUAUUAAAAUGUAUCGAUAACAGUGUAAACAAAAACAACGAAUGCACUGAUAAUGUGUUACGGGAACGUAUUAAAGGUCCAAUCAUGUUAAAUGCACAACACAUUUUUUUAAGAAAAGUGAACAAAACAACUGACGAACUAGAUAAGUGGACGUUUAAAAUUAUCUUAAACGGUGCGAACACCUUUAACUGUAUCAUGAUGUGAUUUUAAAAAUGUGUUAUUGUAUUGUAUUUGUGAAGAUUAUA